UUCAAGUCCUUGACCUCCGAGAUCAGCUUCGUGACUGCCAUCUGCUUGACGCAAUUCCUGGCCGAAUUUCUCAUCACCGGUUUCGCUAUUGCCUUACCUCGCAUGUUGGCUAGAACCACGGAUGCGGAUGCCGAAUCGACAGGCCUAUUUUGGCCGGCAACGCUCCUCACCCUCAUCCUCAGCGCUUCCUUACUCAUCGCAGCGAGGAUCUCUGACAAAUAUGGAGGCUUUUACCCUUUCAUGACGGGAGUACUCUGGCUUGCUGUUUGGUCAUUGGUCGCAGGUCUCGCUCCAGGCGUCAUCUGGCUAGACGUCAGCCGAGCAAAUCAGGGCCUGGCCAUAGCCUUUUUCACACCAUCGACGUUCGCCCUCGUAGCAAACGGAUAUGAUGAAGGUCGCCGCAAGAACAUCGUACUGGGUUUGUACGCCGGUUGUGCUCCUCUUGGCUUCUUUUCAGGCUUCAUGGUAGCUAGUGUUCUCCCUGAGGAUGGCCUCUCGUGGUACUUCUGGAUCUCAGCCAUCCUUGCCGCUACCGCCGCCACACUCGCCAAGUUCAGCGCGCCUAGUCGGAAGAUACUCAAUCCGGGGAUAAAGCUGGAGAUGGACUGGAUUGGUUCAUGUCUGAUCACUUCAGGCCUCUUGUCGUUAACGUAUGGGCUCGCCGUGAUUCCCUACACGAGCACCGAGACUGGAUUUGGGGCUUACACUUCGCCUCGUGUACUUGGACCACUGUUGUUAGGUUUCGUAUGCCUCAUCGUCGCCGUGUGGUUUGAAGGCUGGGUCGCCCAAUCACCCCUGCUACCUAUGGCCUUCUUUCAGGCCAGAGAGGUACGAAUCCUGGCACUAGCGUGUCUGUUCUUCUACGCAUCAUACGGAGUCUGGUUGUAUGACUCAGCUUUAUUUCUGCAGAAUCCUAUUGCAACAGGACUGCCUGACGGGAUUCGUGGAGCUCAACUCGCCAUAUGGUAUACUCCCACAGCACUUGGAGGCAUGAUAAUCUGUGUCUGCGGAGGCGCCUUGUUGCAUUUGGUCUCACCGAAAAUCCUAUUCUGCAUAUCGGGUACUGCGUGGGUCGCAGCACCUCUGCUAUUGGCGCUUUGUCCGACACCACUUCGGUAUUGGUCAUUCAUUGUGCCGUCGAUGCUCUGUGCCACAAUCGGUAUUGAUCUUACCUUCACCAUCUCGCUUGUGUGCAUCACUCGUGUACAACCAAGUUAUUACCAGGCACUUGCUGGGGCGGUAUGCUCUAUUCUUUGCGACUUGGCAAUCACAUUCUCAUUGCCAAUCUCGGAAAUUCUCAGCAAGCAAGUGGAG